AACACAAGUACUGCCUUUUUAUCUUUUCAUCUCGCCUCUAAGCCCGGCGCCUCCAGUGUUGCGAGAUCAACAAAUCUCGUAUGCUGUUUUGAGCCCAUGCUUAUUUAUCAAUGACAGGGUUUUUAUUGUCUCCUGGAAAAUUCAAUUUGUGUGAUCCAUGAGGUUGUUGUAAUGACCGAAUCCUAUUAUUUCCAGUGCCGUUGACUAUGACACAAACACCCAGCGCAUCUACUGGUCUGACAGCAAACUUCGCACAGUGAUGCGGGCCUUCGUGAACGGCAGCGACCCUCAAAGGGUAGUCGACCUCGGUCUGUACCUCCCGGAAGGCAUCGCGGUGGAUUGGCUGGGUCUGAACGUCUAUUGGACGGAUCCUGUCAUGCACAGGAUAGAAGUGGCCCGAUUGGUCGGUACCAGCAGGAGGACUUUGUUGUGGGAUGAGGCUUUCGAGCCUCAUGGGAUUGUUUUGGAUCCUGCAGCUGGGCAUAUGUACUGGUCCGAAUGGGGCAGUACAAACUCGAUCAAAAAAGCCGCCAUGGACGGUCGAAAUCAAAUCAAACUGAUCACAACCGUUCACCCUGCAACUUCGCUGGCUCUCGAUUAUGAUAGAAAGAGAAUCUACUGGUCGGAGAGGUACACUGCAGGCAUCAUCUCAGCGGAUUUGAAUGGAAACGAUCAGAAGUUUUUGAUCAAAGAAAACGUAUUCGAACCAGUUGGAUUGACCUUGUACGGAGAUUAUAUUUACUGGAGCGAUAACAAGACAGGUGAGAUCGUAAGAGCAAACAAAUCGGACGGUUCCAGCUUUGAACGAAUCUACAACAAACUGGACGGAGUGACAGAUCUCUUGGUCUACCAUCCUCACAAACAGCGGCAGACCAACCAAUGUGCCAUCAGCAACGGCGGCUGUUCACAUUUGUGCCUUGCCCUACCAACGGAGGGUCCAGAAAAGGGCAUAGGAUAUACCUGUGCCUGUCCUACGCAUUACUCUUUACAAGGAAAUGAAUGUAUGCCUCCGACAAAUUUCAUGAUCUACAGCCUAAGAAAUCUGGUAGUGAGGUUGGUACCUGAUACUUCCGAUUGUCCUGAAGCAGUAAUCCCAAUACAAGGAUUGAAGGCUGUUAAGGCGAUCGACUUUGAUCCUAAAUCAAAUUUCCUUUACUGGAUCGACGGCAAAUCUCACCUGAUCAAACGCUCAGAAGCAAGUGGCUCUCGCUCAGAAGCGAUCGGUCACAGAUCUGACAACAUCGUAGUGGCCAGCAACCCGGAACUGUCACCUUUCGAUCUGGCCGUUGACGCUAUUGGCCGAUUGCUGUUCUGGACAUGCGCGUCGAAAGAUGUCAUCAAUGUCACACGGCUGGACAACUCGAAUACGUUCGGCAGCUUGGAGAGGAGAGAGGACGAGAAGCCUAGGCUGAUCGCCAUUCACGUUACCAAAAGAUUACUAUUCUACACCGACGUCGGGGUCACUCCGCAGUUGGUAAGGAUGAGACUAGAUGGUUCGCAUCGAAUCGUAAUUACCAAAGCUGACGAUAUAGCUGCAAUUGCAGUUGAUAUCGAGAACGAUCUCAUUGUAUGGGCGCAAGGCCAUAGCAUAUUCAUCAGUAACAUUGACGGGGAAAAUCAACACGUGCUCCUCAACGAAAGCAACUCGAAGAUAAUCCAACUGACAGUGCACAAAGGCUGGCUGUACUGGAUCGACAAGGAGCUGCAUCAACUACAAAGGCUUGAGCUCCUGUCGGGGAAGUCCAGGUCGACUCUGCCUAUACAGGCGUCUCACAUACUGGAUCUGAUCUCCGUUAAGACGCCGAUCAAUCAUAGUUGCAAUCUACCUCAUCAGAAAAAGUGUUCGCAUUUCUGUAUUUUAAAUGGAACUGAACCGGCGUGCGCCUGUCCCAAUGGGAAGGUUUUGCAAGAGGAUAGGAGAACAUGUCAGGUGUUGCCGGACUGCGGCAACGAGCGUUUCACGUGCAACGUGGCGGGCGGCGGCGACAUGAAGGACUGCAUCCCUAUCGCGUGGCGCUGCGAUCGCCAAAAAGACUGCUCGGACGGCUCCGACGAACUGGACUGCCCCAAUUGCAGGCCGGAUCAGUUCCGAUGCCAAGACGGACAGUGCAUCGACAAGGAGUACCUGUGCGACGGGGUGCAACACUGCAACGAUAAGUCCGACGAGAAGAAUUGCUGCGAGAACGGGUUUCAGUGUCCGCAAACUGAAGUUUGUCUUCCCCAUAGCUUGGUGUGCGACGGCAACGAAAACUGCGCGGACGGUUCUGACGAAAAAGACUGCAAUUCAGCGAGAGAUUCCAACAAACCAGUGACGCAUACCAUAGUGCUUUCUGUAGUGGGAGUGGUGUUUGUAUUUGCUGUUAUCUCGAUCGUCUUCCUCAGGAAGAAGUUUCUACCUCCAAGGGAUGACGUCACUGAUCAGUCGGAGGACUCUCUCAGUCCCAUGCAUCCCAAUUCCGCGAAGAGUCUCAAGUUGAGGAAAGGCAUCCCCGAUGUCGUGCGCAUGUCGAUGCUCUCCUCGGACGCCCAAUCAGCGUUCGAACGACGUCACGUGACCGGCGCUUCGAGCAGUUCCAACACGAACGGCAGCAGCGUUGCCGCAGGUGGAGGCGGUCGCUACCCACGCGAGACGCUCAACCCGCCCCCGAGUCCCGCCACUACAGCGGCGUCGACGAGGGCCGGCAGCCCUUCGUCGCCUGGGGGCGGGCAGAGUAGCGCGCGGUACCGCCCCUACAGACACUACAGGGCCAUCAACCAGCCGCCGCCACCGACGCCUUGCUCGACCACCGAUCAGUGCGACGAGAGCGAUUGUAAUUAUUCGAACUACCCCAUUAGGAACAGGUAUGACGGCGGUCCGUUUCCACCCCCUCCGACGCCCAGAUCUCACUGCCAUCAAGAAAGUUGCCCCCCAUCGCCGAGUUCAAGGUCAUCCACCUAUUUUAGUCCGCUUCCUCCACCCCCUUCUCCAGUGGCGUCACCUAGGGGCGGAUACGACUCAUGAUGACCCUUCGAUGGUUUCACUUUUGUUUAUUUAUAUAAUCGUGCAUUUUGAGACAGUGUUAUUUGGCGGGAAAAAAACGACAAAUUUCGUUUUUAUAAACGCCUCACCUCAUCAUUUUCUCUGAAGGCGGAAAUAUCAUGCCACGUAAGCUCACGUAUCACAAUCAAAAUUUUGAUAAUUUUUAUUUUUUUGCUGAUCAACACUUGAAAUGUAUGAUCAAAUUUUUUAACGUAUGAUUUUAUCUUAAACAUGUUGAAAUCAAAGCAUAUCGCACAAAAGCUAAAAAUAUAAUGCAAUUUAGUUUUAGCCAUUUUUAUUAUAAAAUAGACGUCAUGAAGUGCAAUUUAAUUUUAAAUAAUCGGAGGAUCUUUUUAAUUUCAUGUAAUUUUAAAAUUAAUUUUUAUUUAGGUACGACGAGUAGGAAUUUAGUUUUUUUAUCAUUUAUAAUAUUUUAGGCGAUAAUUUUGUAGUUGAAUUCAAUUGUUGCAGAUUGGAAUUUUUAAGUUUCAUUGGCGAAUUGUCAUAUUUUUUUGAUAUAUCAAAAUAUUUUAUAUUGUUAUGAAUGUGGCCUUUGAAUUAUUGUAAACCGUUUCUGUGUAAAGCUGACGCUAAUAGUCAUUCUGCCAGUAUCAAAAGUAUUAGUUAUGUUUAGCCUUUCUUAAUAUUUUGUUUCAAAUAUCAAGUAUACCGGAGCUUAUCAGUAUUCAAUACAAAAAUGCCGCACAAUUUUUUAUGAAAUAUGUACCUUAAAAUUCACUUUGUGCCUAUAGCUACUUGUAAAUAUAUAGGAAUAUGUAACUCAGACUGUUACUCAGCAGAAAUAUAUUUAAAAUAUUCUUCUAA